AUGUCGUUCACAGACGUUCGAAAUGUGCACGUAAAGGGCCACAUAACAAUUUGUACGGAUCGAGCUGGGACUUCAGACAAGUUUCUCACAUGCGGGACAGAAGGCGCAUUAUACGUUUGGGAUGAAAAGACAGUAACACAACGAGAAAGCAUUGACAUAAAAACCGUUGCAGAUAGCACUCAUAGUUGUUGUGCGUGGCAUGGCGAGAAUGUUUUUGUGGGUAUGACAACAACAGAUUUGUUGACUGGUGUAGACAAGAAAAUCGUUGGCCAAUGUUCGUUGGAUGAUCUCGAAUCGUCCAGGCAGCUGUUCACAUUUUCCCUGGAACCAACUAGUGUUGAUGCUAGUGAAAACUAUGUGGUUGCUGGAGGGAGUGAUUUCACAGUGAAGAAAGUGAAUUUGAAGAAUCAUGGGCAAUACGACAGAAUUGACACGAACGGAGAGAUCAUUUCUGUUGGUAUUGAUCCCAAAGAGGAAGUGUAUGCUGUAGCUUGCUGUGAUGGAACCGUCAGCAUUCAUAGUUUGGAGAGCAAUGAAAAACUUUCCGUUGUGGAACAUGUGUUUCCAGCUUUUGGGGGACUGAGCGUUGAUUCUCCUCGCCAUACCUUAACGUGGUCCAAAGAUGGCUCCGAACUUUUCAUCCCCUCACAGGGAUGCAUUAAAGUUCUAAAACGUGAUGGCUGGAAAAUUUCCCCCCACAACUUUAGGUCUAACGGUACAGCUACGGACACUUUCUCGUCGUCAUGCUUAUCCAGAUGUGGUCGUUUUCUUAGUUCUUCGACGCUAUCAAACAAAAUCUUAUUGUGGAAAGUGGUUGAUAGGUCUGUGUUAGCACAGUAUGAAUACAAAAGGAAGGACAAAAGAUCUACCGUCUCUUGCAUCAAAUUCUCCCCUUUCAACAUCAGAGACGUUCUCGUCGCCGAUGUUGACGAAGGCCUUUCUGUUCUGAAAAAUGCCAUUCCGCAAUCAGCAGUCGAUCCGAAGCGUUCCAGUGAAGCUAUUGAAGCAACUACAUCAAACGACAAAGAUUUCGACUCCGGGAGCGAUAAGACGCACAUCAUUGGUGCAAAUUGUUCUUUAUCCCUACAUACAUUCCAAGACGCGACGCUGCUACAUCGCUACUCAACGCUAAAUCAGUUGCAAAUUGACGAGGAAGACGCAGAGAGUCGUUCAGUGAGCAAAAGAGGGUUCCUGGAUGAUGAAGCUGAAGACGACGAAGAUACCAGAAUGUCUGCCGACAUUGGUGCAAUAAAAAAGAAGUACGGUUUCGGCGACGACGGCACAGGAAAACUUGAGGAUUUUGGAUUCACUGUAUCCGAUGAGGCCCCAGAAAGGGGGGUUGGGUCUAGUUCUCGAGGUUUCGAACCAAGUAUUACUUACGUUCCUCCGCCUCCCCCUGAAGUUGUUGUCUAUAAACCUCCAUCUAUUCCUUCUUUUUUCGUCUCUGGGGCUUCGCCUGAUCAUUUAUCUCAAAGAUAUUUGAAAUGGAAUUCAUAUGGAAUUAUACGAUCCUACUCUGGGGAAGAUGGAAGUAGUAUAGAGAUCUCCUUUCAUGAUAUUUCCAUCCAUCCAACAAUUGUACUGGAUAACAGCGCAACAGAAUACGUUUUGGGCGACCUUUCUGAUCAAGCUGUUGUUCUUGCAAGUAAAGCUGAAGAAAAAGGGGAGCAGAGUGAGCUUCUUGUGAUCCACGUUUCGUCUUGGGAUAGCGAGUCUAGGCAGUGGACUGCCAAACUUCCAUUGAAGGAGAAUGCGUUGGAUGUUUUGGUCUCCCGAGAGUUGGUGUGCGUAGUCACACACAAUGGAAAUUUAAGGGUUUUCACCCUCACUGGUACCCAACGACACAUAAUUUCUCACCCAAGUCCGAUCCUUACUACAGCAUGCUUUGGUAGUCGUAUAGCUAUUUGUUCUGUAACAGGAGGGGACUAUUAUGAAAAAGGGAAAGAACAGCAACCUCACUUCCAGCAUACCGUAUCCAUAUACGAUGUCGAUAGCAGAUAUUGGUACCGUAACAAAGACAACGUGACCACAGUAAACGUCCCCAUUGCAAGGAAAGAACAUCUAUUGUGGCUGGCCUAUACUACCUUUGGACAACUUGUUUCCAUGGACAGUUCAUAUACCAUACGUAUUCUGUCGCCUUCCGGAUUUUGGGUGCCUAUUUUCGAUGGAAGCUCUGAAACUUCGAGCAAAUCGGAUGCAAUCUGGCCAAUAGCUGUGACUGAGGGACGCCAAAAGCAGAUAAGGUACUUGUACUGUAAAGGCAGCAAGCAUCCGUUAUUUGCUGUGAAAAUGGCGCCGCUCAUCGUUCCGUGGACAUUGCCAUAUUGUGCACCGGAUUCGGAUAAGUCGAAAUUAGAGCAAGACCUUUUCCUUAACGAACUACAACAAAACGAAGUAAUAAGCGCCGGACCUUCGGUUGAGCUUGCGGAACUUGCUGCUGGACAUCUGCAAUCUCUCGUUAAGCUGUUUGCUCUGGCCUGCAAAAGCGAGCGAGACGGCAGAGCUGCGGAACUCGCUGGAAUGGUAGCAUCGGCAAAGGGUAUUCAAAUGAUGUGCAAUUACGCUGCGAAACUGAAGAAGUCCACAUUGGCGGACAAAGUCGCUGCCAAAGGACGAGAGAACCUGUCACUGAACGACGCUGCCGUGUCAGCUCCGUCUGUAAGCGGUAGAGAGGAGCAACCAACUCCAAGGCGAAUGUCAAUGAAAAGGAAAAUGGGUGUCGUUCAGCAGGGACCGGUGUUUAUGGAAGACGAUAGCGUUACUUCCACGGUGUCGGGAUCCAAUUACGACUACGAUGUGGUGGUCGAGUCACAGCCAAGGGAUGCUUCUUAUAGUCAGCAGGCCAAUGAUAGUCUAUUUAAUGACAGUACUGUUGUUCCAAUGCCGAAGUUAACCCGGAAUCCGUUCAGAAGAUCUCCAUCCACAUCACAAGACACCUCAUCACUAUUUGAUAACGAUGCUUCUUUCUCUUCAGCGAACAGAAAGCGAACUAGGGAAGAAGAGACGCCAAAGCAAUCCACAUCAAAACAAGCGAAGCUGUCAUUUGGAUCCGGAUCCGCUCCUGUAAAGGGCAAGGAGAAUACAAUAACUGCAUAUUCACUAUGGGUGGAGAGGCAUGAAGAGACUUUGCGGGGUAUGUUUAGUGGAAAUCCUGACGAUUUCUUGAAGUUUUGCGCUCAACAAUUCAGAAUGCUUCCUGCGGCAGAAAAGAAGGAGUGGAAAAAUCGUGCGGCGGCCAGUACUCAGCAGUGA